AUGGAUAGUCUCAGCAUUUUUAUGACAGACUUAAGAUUGGCAUUUUCGUACAAUAAGUUUGUGUUAGCUGCAUUCUUAGAUGUAUCUGCAGCCUAUGAUAAUGUCAACCUUUCAAUUCUGAAACAAAAAAUGAUUAAUUUGGAUAUCCCACAAAUUUUUAUAAGAUUCACAAUCAAUCUUCUCUCUGGUAGAAUGCUUAAAGUAAUAUCAGAAGACUCCUACCAAUCCCGUAUUGCCUGGAAAGGUAUACCCCAGGGCUCAGUUUUAAGUCCCUUAAUUUACAAUAUAUAUUCUCAUGAUCUGGAAGCCUCCCUUAAGGGUAAAGUUAGCACACUCCAAUAUGCAGAUGAUUUACUCCUCUAUGUCUCCGGUGAUUCUGUUGAUAACAUGUCUGAUACUAUGACAUAUUCCCUUAAGUUGCUAAAAGUUUGGCUUGACAAUAACUGUCUAAGCCUUUCGGUUCCUAAAAGUAGUAUAGUCUUAUUUUCACGUAUGAGGCUUCCUCCUCCAGUGUCUGUAUUUUAG